CAUCAAGUUAGUUCAGCACAGUUCCAUUCAGUCCAGAUCACUUCACAUCACACUACCUAUCCCAUAAAAAUUUAGAUCGAUAUCUAUACUUCAGUCAUUAUUCACUAUCGUUUAUUUAUCACCACGACCCUCACACAACCUUAUACUUUAAUUUCAUCUAAUUUAAAAUUAAUAUUUACAUUUAUAUUCGACAACACGGUAUCUCUGAUUUAACCGUUUUAUAACUUUCCAUCCCAUAUAUCUUUCCCAUUAUGGCCAAUAAUCAGCAGUCCCUUGCCGUUGGGUUAGCCGUAGGAAUACCUUCAUUCCUCAUUAUCACAGUUACUUUACUUCUUUGGUAUAGAAAUCAACAGAAACAAUUGAGAGAAGAUAAUCUUAAUAAAGAAAUCGAUGUAGAAUUAAGAGAUGAUCAAUCAUUUAAUGCAUUCCAAGAAGAAUUACAUAGAAAGAAACAAUUUUUAAAUGCCCCUAUUAUUCAACAACCUCCCUAUGAUGAUGAUUCAAAUCCAAAUAAAUCAUAUUCUACUACAACUCAAGCAGAAUCUUCAUCCAAUGAGAAGAACUUUAAUGGAGGUUCAUCAUCUAUCUCUUCCAAUAGUGAUAAUACGAACAUCAAUCCUAAUUCAAACUCAAAUAAUAAUAUUGUUCAAUCAUCUCCACUUCAUCCUCAGCAUCAAAAUCUUCAUCUUCCACCUCAACCUUCUCAUUUAAGACCUCAAACUCCAAAUAAAAUUCAUCAAAAGAGUCCAUCUGCUUAUGACUUUUAUGAAACUUUUAUUCCUGUAUUACCAUCUUCAAAUCAAUCAUCUACUUCACAAACUGAUAUAAAUAAUAUUAUUAAUAAUAACAAUACAAAUGCUAAUUCUAAUGUUAAUGCUAAUGCUAAUGCUAAUCUUCAACCAUAUAAUCAACCACCAUCAAUACGACAAUCAGCUUAUCUUGAUCAACAAUCAGCUAAUUCUUCUAAUACAAGCUUAUUUCAACCAUCCCCACAUCAUCUAGAUAAACAGCAAGCACAAUCAUCACCUCCAACACUUGACCAAUUUGCCAAACAAUUAAAUUCUCCUUCAUUCUUUGAAAAAUUACCUUCAAGAGCUGCCCCUCCUCAAAUGUCACUUCAGAGACAAUUACAAGCAUCAACAAACAAUUCAUCAUCAGAAUUAUUGGUGAAUAGAUUAGUUGGUGAUGAAGCUGCUGCCAUAAAUGACCAUUAUGUUUACGAGCCUCCUUCAGCAGAAGUAUUAGCUCAAGAGUUACAACUUGAAAAGGAGAUUAAUCGUCAUAAAUCGCAGAGAUCCCAUUCGUGAAAUAAAUCAAUCAAUCAAUAGAUGUAUAAUAGAGUAAAUCAUCAUCGUCAUCAUGAUCAUUCGAAUAUGGCUGCUUUUUACACAUAUA